GCGCUGAGAUGACGUGUGGCGAGUGUCAGCGUUGUUCCCGGACUUGUGAACCAGAGGUUGGGGGUUCCUAAGGAGUGGGAAUGUACCGUGUCUCUUUUUCUCAGUAGCGGAGGGAAGCGCCGGCAUGAUCCCCAUCCCUGUCGUGGUGUGUGUGGUGGGCGGCUGGUGCGUCGUGUACUUAGCGGACACGGUGCUGAAGUCUUCCAGCGCCGUGAAGAACCGCUAUGAAGCUUGGCUGUCCUCCAGCGGCCUGGCACUGUCCCCUUUCCACAUUCGAUGGCAGACGGGGCUCUUCAACCGCCUGUUCGCUAAGUGUGCCCGCCUGAACCCGCGCUUCCUGCACCUCUGGUUCAGCGCUGGCAUGGUCUUUGGUGUUCUCGCCAUGUUUGGCUCGGUUGUGUUGCUCACCCGGACGCUUCUGCAGACUCUCGCCCAGAUGUUGUCCGACAGUCCGGCGGGCAGUGGGCAGCAAGCCCUGCAGGUGGUGGUGCCUGGUGUGAAUCUGCCUGUCAGUCAGCUGGCCUAUUUCUUUAUUGCCAUCUUGGUGAGCGGAAUCAUUCAUGAGUUUGGCCAUGGGGUGGCAGCACUGAGGGAGCAGGUGCGCCUGAAUGGCUUCGGCAUGUUUGUGUUCGUGGUUUACCCUGGCGCCUUCGUCGACCUCUUCACCACACACCUGCACCUCAUCACUCCCGUCCAGCAGCUGCGAAUAUUCUGUGCAGGCGUGUGGCACAACUUCAUCCUGUGUGUGGGGGCACUGGGCUUCCUGCUGCUGCUGCCUCUCUUCCUAUUCCCCUUCUAUUCAAGUGGGGCGGGGGCGCUAGUCACUGAUGUCCUGGAGGGGUCCCCAGCCAGCGGCCCACGAGGCCUCUUUGUGGGCGACCUGGUGACUAGCCUGGAGGACUGUCCCGUGUCCAGCGUGGAUCACUGGCACUCUUGCAUCCGCCGCAUCUCCGCCACGGCUCAGACUGGCUACUGCGUCCAGAUGGCCAGUCUGCACCCAAGCUGGGCCACCGGCCGAGCAUACCGCCGCUUGGAUGGCACCAUGGAGUGCUGCAGUAACAGCACGCUCACAGACCUCUGCUUCUCCUACAGCAGCCACCUACAGAGCAAAAUGUACGCUUGCCUGCCAGCCCGCAAGACCGUCGCUGUGUCUCGGACCUGCCAGAGCGAUGUCGACUGCCAGGCAGACUUGGGGCCAAGUCUCUGCGUGGUGCCGUCCCUGGAGAACCAGACUCGGCUGGUGCGGGUCCGGCACCCCCCCCAGCCAGACAUGCUGUUCGUGGGCUACACACCACACCUGCAGUAUGCAGUCAGUCUGUCCAAUUUUGCCCCCCGGUUUGGAUUCCUCCACCUGGACCUGCCUAGUGUCAUCGAGGUGUUCUGCAAAUAUGUGGUGUCCUUGUCGGGGGCACUGGCCGUGGUGAAUGCGGUGCCAUGCUUUGCGCUGGAUGGCCAGUGGAUGCUGACGGCGUUCCUGGAGGCAGCACUGAGCUCCGUGCUGGUGGAGAGAAGCAGCCGCGAGCUGCUGGCCUUCUGCAUCCUGCUGGGGGGCAGUGCCCUGCUAGCUGCCAACGUUGCCCUGGGUCUCUGGAUGGUGACGGCACGCUAGGCCUCACCUCGCUGCCAGAGGGGGACAGAGUUUCCCACAAUGCCCGGCUUUUGUGGGGGCUGCCCACUCCUAACAUGCCCCCCUGUCGUGGCUCAUACUGGAUCAGACCCUCCUGUGGUUCGGGCUGUUUAAUGAUGACUGUACAGUGGGGGUCUGACAUGUGACCCUCGAGUAAGGAGGCCAUUUUGUAGCCAUACACAGCCGCCCAUAGGCUCCUCUCCCUACCAUCAGGGACCGGAAGGUGGAGUCUGCUGUCCGCUUUCGGGAAUUUCACCUGUUUCCAUCCAUUUCCCUCAUCGCUCUGCUUCGGAUUACAUUCACUGAACUGCUCAGACUCUUCCUUCCUGCCUCAGAUGGCCCUCUAGUGGGCCUCCGUGCCCUACAGCCUUCCCUAGGGCUGCAUCAGGCACUGCAGACAAAUGGGGUCCUAACCUGGACCAAGCCAUACCUGGGGCUGCCGGGAUGGACUGCACCCUCCUGGAGUAUCCCACAAAGUUACUGUCUUUAUAAAUGUCCCUUUUUUACUGAAAUUUUUGUAUAUUAUUGAUACCUGCUGGUUUAAAUGGUUAAAUGUUUCGUAAUGUGGUAAUAGCACUUUUCCCUUUUCUUACUGCGGAAGGGAAGAGGAAAGCCAUCAUCAUCAGGCAGAGCUUCCUGAAUUGGGGGACUACAGGCUGUCAUUGUGCGUGUCAGUGUUUGAGACCUGGAGCGGUCUUUCAGUUCGGUUUCUGUAAAAACAGGAAGCUUUCACAAAGGCAGCUUUCAUUGCCCUUCCCUGUCCGUUUGUUUUACAGGAAUUUGUGUAAUCUGUUAAAUAAAAACGCGUCGAAACA